AUGCAAUUAUCUCAUUACUCGUCGAUUGAUAGCGCCGUUCAGUCGGUUAUAAAUGGCAACAAUUAUUUGGUGUUUGAAUUUAGGGACAAGUUUUCGGACAAUUUUGAGACACGAGUGACCGAAAUGUUUGACGCGAGCGAUGAGUCCAUUGAAAAUAGCGUUAUUCAUCUCUAUAUAGACCUUUCAAAAAUACAUACUGGUUAUAUGGCUAUCAAAUAUCUACUAGAUGGAUAUCAUACUUUCAUAGACAAAUUAGGCCUAAUGUUAAAUAAGCCAAAAAUGAAUGAGCAAUUAUCUACCAUAAACAUUGUCGAGGUGUUUAACGGCGAGUUGAGCAAAGUGGGUGUCACGUUUAUGUUUGUCGGACCGCAAUUGUUUAUAUUUAUGGAGUUUAUAUGGGGUAUGAUUUUGUCGGCGUUCAUCAUGGUAAACGACAAAUCGACAAACGUAAUGAACCGGGUGUUUGUGUCCGGCGUGAAUGAGUACGAGUAUAUGGGCGCCCAUAUACUCAUCAAUGGUAUCAUUAGUGUCGGUCAAGUGUUAGUCUCUAUGAUAUUUGUGUUUGUGGUGUUUGCCGUUCAACAAUCGGGAAGUUAUUGGGAAAUAUUCCUGUUUUUAUUCAUCGAGAAUUUAGUGGGAAUUUUUACCGGUUUAUUACUCGCUAUUAUUCUGGCCGGCCCCAUUUCCGUAGUGGUUGCUACCUUCAGUAUAAUGUGUGCGGCGUUAACCAUAUCGGGUGUCGUUUGGCCCAUUGAGACCAUACACCCGUUGUAUCGGUUCAUAUCAUACACCAGUCCAAUAACAAUCCCAAUACAAUCAUUUCGUAAUAUAAUGGUGAAAGGUUGGACAUUUACGCAGCCCGAUGUUUACCAUGGAGACGCUGGCAAUUAUCAGGAUAAUAUCCAACCCGCCCUUGAUGUGAUAGUCACCCGACCUGAAUAUAGUAACAAUUGCCAUCAUAGCUGUAAAUAUUGUUGCGAUGGCAUUGAUGGUGUGGAAACCCUUUAG